AUGAUUUAAAGGAAUAAUAAUAGUAUUACUGAUAAUAAAACAUUAAGGUUAUCAUUGUAAAUGUUACUAGUCAUAAGAUAUUGCAAGAACAGUUAUCUCUAAUCUCUGAGUUUGGAAUAAUAUUAUAAUCUUUCCAAUUUUCAACGAUCAUAAUAUCAACAAGUCCAUAAUUGGGUACAACUUCAUCUCUGAAACUGAUAGAGUGAUUCUUUUCUUUUUUGACAAUUUGAUGUUAAAACAUAUCAAUUCUAACUUUAUGUGAGUUUUAUAUAUGUUUUUUAUAAUAAGAGGAUCUUUCUUGAAAGUCAAAUAAUUCAUCAACAUCAUUAAGGCCAUCGCCAAGACAUUAUGAAACUUGAAC